UUAAAGAACAGACCGCAUGUUCGCACAUGUUUGAAUUUUCUUCGGAGCAUUUAACCUAAAAGCGUCACCUGUAAUGAUUUUCUUUCUUAGAGCCAAGCGAUUAAUUUAAUUUUUAAAAAUCUUGGCUCCUGAUACAGAAGAGAGUUGAAUGACUAUAUUUUCAUUAAAAUUCGUCGCUGAACUAGGUUACUUUUUCACCUUGUUCCAAAAAUGGGGCGGAAAGGUCAUAAUUGGAAAUCAAGAGCUGUUGCAAACGUGGAAGUUGACAAUUCCACCACUAAAGAGAUUGUAUUGGAUAUUAAGCAUCGCCCCGAAGACUAUGACAGUUGCAACACGCUUGUCUUGCCCACUCAAAAGAGAAAAACGAAGAACGUAGAUAAGACGUUGACAACUACUCGAUUGUUAUCAAAGAAACGCAGAAAGCAACUGGAAAAAGUGGUAGAGCGAAAGAAGAAAAAGUUGCAGAGAACGGCAUUGCUAGAAGAUCUGGCAAAGGUGCAAGUAUCUCCUGCCGAACUGCAGCAGUACGUGAGCCUGACGUCCUUGCAAAACAAGGGCUUGAAGCGUCACUUCCGAGAGCUUGAGGCUUCCGUUGGAACAUUAAAGCGCAAAGCGGACGAUGAAGAGGAAGGCGACUCGGCAAAGACUGUAAAUUCUAUUAAAAUGAGCAGGAAAAAAAGAUUGGCCAUUCUGGACAGUGUAAAACAGGACCAAGCCGAGCUUGAUCCAAAUGUAGUUGGGUUUGAAUCCAGUGAGAGUAGCAGCGAAGAUGACAGUGACAACGAAGAGGAAGAUAAAGCGCGCGUUCUUGACGAUACUGUUGCUUCUAAUACUGCGGCGAGUGAAAGUGCCGGGAUACACGAAGAGAAAGGCGAGAAUGUAACACGAGAUGCCGGGGAGAAAACAGCUUUAGCCGAAUCUCAGGAAUCUAAAAUCGCGGACGAAGCACCGCGACGAGACGCGCCCAAAGUUCACACGCCCGUUGUCUUUAUACCCGUCAACAGAAAGCCCGAGCUGCAAGCGGCCAGAUUAAAACUGCCCAUUGUCGCGGAAGAGCAAAUUGUAGUUGAAACGAUAAAUGAAAACCCAAUAGUCAUAAUUACCGGAGAAACAGGAAGCGGGAAGACGACACAGGUGCCUCAAUUUUUAUACGAGGCUGGAUACGCACAGGAUAAAUUAAUCGGGAUAACCGAGCCGAGAAGAGUAGCAGCGAUGUCAAUGAGCAAGCGCGUAGCUGAAGAACUGAAUCUUUCCGAGAAGGAAGUUUCGUAUCUGAUUCGUUUCGAGGGAAAUGUCACGGAGGAAACGAAGAUCAAGUUUAUGACCGACGGUGUUUUGUUGAAAGAAAUUCAAAGUGACUUCUUGUUGACAAAAUACUCUGUGAUUAUACUCGAUGAGGCGCACGAACGUAGCGUGUAUACCGAUAUCUUGAUCGGUUUAUUGUCGAGAAUUGUUCCGCUCCGUAACAAACGUGGCAGCCCUUUGAAGUUGAUAAUUAUGUCGGCUACAUUGUCCGUGAAGGAGUUCGUAGAGAAUGCAAGGCUGUUUAAGGCAAAGCCACCGGUGAUUGAAGUCAAAGCGCGACAGUUUGCUGUAAAGAUACAUUUUAAUAGAACAACAAGCAGGGAUUACGUCAAUGAAGCGUUGCGAAAAGCGGUAAAGAUACACACUCGUCUUCCAGAAGGUGGCAUUCUAAUAUUUUUAACAGGUCAGCGAGAGGUACAUACCGUUGUGCGUAAAUUACGCAAAUUAUUUCCACUGAAGAGAAACAAGCAGCCCCAGGUUAAAGUGAUGAAGGAUGAAGAACAGAGCGAAAGAGACGAUUCCGACGAUGAUUUCGAUGCCAAGGAGGCAUUGCGCCGCAAUAGACAGAGGCAGAAGAAGCAGAUUAUACUCCCGACUAUUAAUCUCGACGAUUACUCGAUAAAUCCCACUGACGACACGCACGAAGAUUUAAUCAAUGCGCAGGACGACGAAGAAGACCUGGACGAGGACGAAGAUGAGGACGAAGAUGUUUUUGAUUUCAAGGGACUGACGAACGCACAGCCGUUGUGGGUCUUGCCCCUUUACUCCCUUUUACCCGGGCACAAGCAAACCAGGGUGUUUGAGCCACCGCCAGAGGGAUGCCGCUUGUGCGUGGUGUCCACUAAUGUUGCGGAGACCUCGCUGACGAUUCCCAACAUCAGAUACGUUGUAGAUAGCGGACGUUGUAAAACUAGGCUGUACGACAAAGUGACAGGCGUGAGCACGUAUCACGUGAGUUAUGCGAGCAAAGCAGCGGCCACCCAACGUGCCGGCAGAGCCGGUAGAACCCGGCCUGGCCAUUGCUACAGACUGUACUCGUCGGCUGUGUACGACAACGAUUUCGAGGAAUACAGCCAGUCGGAGAUUAAAAAGAAACCAGUGGACGACUUGUUGUUGCAAAUGAAGGCAAUGAAUAUAGACAAGGUCGUGAACUUUCCGUUUCCCACGCCACCUGAUACCUCGCAGCUCAAGUCCGCAGAGAAACGGCUCACGAUACUCGGGGCGUUACAGCCGCCUUCGAAGAAACAAGAAGAAAUCUACUGCACGAAAGUGACGCCGCUUGGACGUAGCAUCGCCGCGUUUCCGGUUUCUCCUCGUUACGGCAAAAUGCUAGCACUGUCGCAUCAGCACAACUUGUCGAGAUAUACGAUAUGCAUGGUAGCGGCUCUCAGUGUGCAAGAAGUGCUGAUAGAAGCACUUGACAAGGAGAGUUCGGCUAAGAGCAAAUGGCUGCAAACGCGCCGUUACUGGGCCGGAGCUGGCAAUAAUUUACUUCUUGGUGACCCAAUGGUUCUGAUAAGAGCCAUCGGAACUGCCGAGUACGCAGGGUCGAAAGGAAAACUCUUGUCCUUCUGCGAGGAGAACGGUUUGAGGCACAAAGCUGUGGUCGAGAUCAGGAAACUCAGGCAGCAGCUCACCAAUGAGAUUAAUUUAAAUGUGCCAAAUCUAAAUUUAAUCAUUGAUCCCAAAAUGCCGUUGCCAACCGACGUGGAAGCGAAGUUGCUGCGCCAAAUAGUCCUUGCGGGCAUGGCGGAUCAAGUGGCGAAAAAGGUUUCGCCCGACGAGGUAAAAGAAGAUCAGGACAAGGCCAAGUGGAGGCACGCUUACAGAACGCCAGAAAUGGAGGAGCCUGUAUUCAUGCACUCCUCGUGCGUUCUACGGAAAACCAGUCCGCAAUGGGUAGUUUAUCAGGAGGUGUACGAGACGAAUAAGAUGUACAUGCGAGGUGUCACGGCGAUAGAACCCGAAUGGUUGCCGAAAUUCGCGCCCUCGCUGUGCCACCUCAGUGAGCCGUUGGUUGAUCCACCGCCAAGAUACAAUCAAGGAACUGGGAAAAUCACUUGUCACGUGUCCGGUACGUUUGGAAAUGCCGGAUGGACAUUGCCGUCGAUGGAGAUGGAGCAUCCGUUGACGGUGGACGGUAUCAAGUGGUUCGCAUAUUUUUUCUUGGAGGGUCAAGUGUGUCCUAAGCUGAAACGAUUUGUCCCGUUGCUGCUGACGACACCGGGCAGCAUCACCAAGUCGUGGGCCAAGCUGAUACCACGCACUCAAACAAUAGUGCAAACGCUACAAUCGCAGGGAGUUAUGUCCAAAGACAAGCUGGUCGAAAUCUGGGGUUUGGACAAAAAAUUUCUGCUGCCGGCUUAUCAGAAGUGGUUGCCGGAAUCCGCGCACGCAGAUGUGGCGCGGUUAUGGCCGCCUCUAUAAUGAAGAGCGUAACGUUAGGAGCAAUUGUAAUUAUGCAGUUUUUGAAUAAUUAAAUUAUUUUAUAUGAAAAAAAAUCGGAAAAAUAUAAAUAUUCAUAAAUAUUACUAUGUAUUCGUUUGUAAUGUUAUAUGAACGUUUUAUACAUAUUUUGUAUAAAACUAGUAAGAAUAUUCUUAAAGUCGCCAG